GGACUGGAUGAAGGGACAGACUUGUGGACUCUGUGGAAAGGCUGAUGGAGAAAUCAGACAGGAGUACACCACACCCAGUGGAGACCUGACCAAGAGUUCAGUCAGCUUUGCCCACUCAUGGGUGCUUCCUGCUGACAGCUGCCGUGAUGCCAGCCAAUGCCGCAUGAAACUUGAAUCUGUGAAGUUGGAGAAGCAGGUAAUUUUGAAUGGACAGGAAUCUAAAUGUUACUCCAUUGAGCCUGUGUUGCGCUGUCUGCCAGGCUGUGUACCAAUGAGAACCACACCUGUCACUGUUGGAUACCACUGUAUGUCCACUGGCUGA